AUGAGAGGAAUAAAAUGUUUUUCUCCUACCCAGGAUGAAAUGAACUACCUGGGUGAUGAGAGAAAGAGUGGUCAUGAGGCUUAUUGCUUUUUUCUCUUCCCUCUUCAAUUUCUUUAUUGUUUUUCCCUCUUCUAUUUCUUUGUUGUCUUCUCUUUCCUUUUCUAUUUCAUUGCUGUUUUCUCUUUAUCCCUCUCUAUUUUGUUGCUAUUUUCUCUUCUCAUCUCUAUUUCUUUACUGUUUUCUCUUUCCCUCUCUAUUUCUUUGCUGUUUUUUCUUCCCCUUUCUAUUACGUUGUUGUUUUCUCUUCCUGUCUAUUUCUUUGCUGUUUUCUCUUCCCCUCUCUAUUUCUUUACUUUUCUCUUCUUCCCUCUCUAUUUCUUUGCUGUUUUCUCUUCUUCCCUCUCUAUUUCUUUGCUGUUUUCUCUUCUUCCCUCUCUAUUUCUUUGCUGUUUUCUCUUCUUCCCUCUCUAUUUCUUUGCUGUUUUCUCUUCUUCCCUCUCUAUUUCUUUACUGUUUUCUCUUCUUCCCUCUUUAUUUCUUUGCUGUUUUCUCUUCUUCCCUCUUUAUUUCUUUGCUGUUUUCUCUUCUUCCCUCUUUAUUUCUUUGCUGUUUUCUCUUCCUCCCUCUCUAUUUCUUUGCUGUUUUCUCUUCUUUCCUCUCUAUUUCUUUGCUGUUUUCUCUUCUUCCAUCUCUAUUUCUUUGCUGUUUUCUCUUCCUCUUCAGUUUCAUUGCUGUUUACUCUUCCCUCUCAAUUUAUUUGCUGUUUGCUCUUCCCUCUCAAUUUCUUUGCUGUUUUCUUGUCCCCUCUCUAUAUGUUUGCUGUUUUCUCUUUUCCUCUUUUAUUUCUUUACUGUUUUCACUUCCUCCUUUUUAUUCCUUUGCUGUUUUCUCUUACUUGCUCAGUUUCUCUUUUCCCUUCUCUAUUUCUUUGCCAUUUUCUCUUUUUCCUUCUGUUUCUUUGCUGUGUUCUCUUCCCUCCUCAAUUUCUUUGUUGUUUUCUCUAACACCACUUUCUCUCUAGUCUCUUCUUUUCACCCUCUUUUUCCAUAUUGUAUUUCUUCUCCCACUUUCUCUCUGUUUUUGUUCCUCCUCCUAUUUCUCUCUAUCUAUUGCCCCCCUCCCCAUCUUACAGUCUUUUGUUUUUCUUUCCCUCUCUAUCUUUAUUCGUUUGUCCUGCAUCUAUUCCUAACUUAUUUUGGCAUCUUUAAUGAGACCCCAAUUUUCAAGCCAUUUUCUGAAGGGAGCAAAAUGUUUAUUCUGCUUAUUAAUCAAUUACCACAAGUUAAGAAUGUGAACAAAUGGUUACACAACUGA